GGGGCCACUCGAGUACCAAGGCUCCGAACCGCACGACGCCCAUUUGGGUUCACGCUUCCCUGAACCCACAGCCCCCGGUAUCCAACCCACUGCUGCUACUCGACCCUGCUAAAGCAGCGACGCCGCUCGCCUCCGCCCGAAACCCCUGUUCGAUCCCCGUCCUCUCACCGCACGGAAUCUCUCUCCCGGGCUGCGCGCGGGCGGGGACGCCGGAUUCGGGAUCAUCCAUCCGGGUGCGGCGGCGCUCCAUCUGUAGGAUAACUGUGGCCCACUUUACCAGUGCUUAUAGAAGUUGGGUUCAUACCAUGAUACCAAAAUAGAGUGAACUAAUAUUGUCAUCUUUGUAUUGUGACUUCGGAGGGGAAAUCUAGUUCAUGGCAACAGCAUAAUUUUCCAUUUUGCCACCUGUUAUUUGGGCUGAGACAUUAUGUAUAGCAAUGAAACCUGCAAGAGAACACAUGAGCUUGAGAAACUUGAGAUUGGCAGGAGAGGAGAAGAAGAUAAAGCAUCUUACAACCCUGAACUAGAAGAAGGUGAGUUCAGGAAGGAUGAACCAUUUUUAUUUAAAAAGCUUGUUCGCAAGGAUGUGGUUGCAAGUGUUGUAGAGUUGCAUUCAUCUGCUCAAGUGGCAAUUAAAAAUGGGCAAGUCAAUACAAAGCGACCAAUUUCACCUGAAAGAGGUUCCUAUCAAGGAGGAGUUGCAAAUACUGUUAUGCCGUCUAAGUAUAGUUCAAUAAGGGAUCAACCUGUUAAUGUGAGGCAAUCAAGUUCUCAUAGAUUAUCCUUCUUCCUAUAUUAGAUCAAAAGAAAGGCAUGAACAAAGGGUGCGAAACUGUUUUAGCUACCAUGAUUAUCAUCAUGUCCUGAAAAAGAUUGAUGAAGUUUGUUCGGAAAGGCUCAGUAAACUAUUGUUACAUCAGAAUAAAGAUCGCAAGGAAUUCAAUAUUACUCUAAAGAAACUGGAAUUCAAAUUCUUCGAAGAACAUGCUUGUUCCUAUAGAGUCCAUUAUGAGCGUGUCAUCCCAACAGCAAGAUAUCACAGGAUGAAGCUACCAAAGCUAACUUUCUGCAUUUUGCGUAAAGUUUUUCGUAGAUAUAUGCAGUCCCAGAUUAUAAAAUUUGUGAGGAGACAAAUAAAGGAUAGAAACAAAGAGAAGAGAAUAAAAGAGCGAUGGAUAUUUGAGGCUACAGCUGGCUACCUUAAGAAAUGUUUUGAUGAAACUUCCUUGGCAUAUUCUGGAUUUGAGAUGGAGAAAUCAAAUUGUCAUGUGCAUGCUUAUUCUGAAUGUGAACAUCAGCUCAAAUAUUUGGACAUGCAACCUCUAGCUAUUGAAAUUGAAGAAAUUGCUUCCAGUAGAGAACUUGAAGGAAGCCAUACAAAUAAGGAGAGUGAUAUGUUUCAGACAGAGCCAGUUGUAGAAAACUUGCUAACACCACUAGAAACAAAUGGAGGUGCAGAGCAUUGUUCAUCUGUUGAUUCACUAGAAGAAAUUGCUAUUGUAGGCAUGUCUUCUCAGUCCAACUAUGCACCUACCAUGGAGAGUGAAAAAGUUGGGACACAAGUCACCCUCUUGUCGCCACCACAAAACAAGGGGCAAAUUAUGGAGAGAUCAUGUUCUCAGUUUGCCAUUGAUGAAGCAUUGGUACUUGAUAAGGCAACAUCAGCUGAUUCAGAAAAUGCAACUCAAGUCUUUGGAGAGAACCGAAGCUGCAUAAGUCCCACUAUUCAUGAAAGCUCUUGUUCUAGGUCCCAGAGAAAAUUUCCUCAUGGGUCUGACUCUAAUAAUCAUGAAUCAACAUUGUGUCAUCAGGAAUCUCAAGUGGAAAGGCUGCCUUCAGUUGAUGUGAAUCAAAGGCAAGAAGCUGAUAUUGCAGGUAGCAAGGAAGCAUCUAGUGGUGACACCUCUUCCUUUGGCCAAGUCACUGAACAACGAAGCACCAUUGCAACUUCAUCAACAUUAGUUCAACCUUCAACACAACCACAACUUUUUUUUGAAAACUGUACAGCGGGGGAAGCCCCCGCUGUGGUAACACAACCACAACUUUAUGGUCCAACUUCUCAAAGUGCUGCCCAGCCGUAUCAACCAUCUGGUGUGAAUACUUCAGUAAGCACUGGGUUAGACAGCCAUGGGGCAUUAAAUUCUCAGAUACAAUCAUCCAACCAGAUGACACAAAGCUCCAUGGUUGAGCAUACGCCUGAAAGUGGGCUCCAGUCAGAUCUAGUUACCAAUGAGUUUACUCAACUGCUUAUGUCAAUUAGCAAUCACACCUCUUCCAAUACCCAAGUCACUGAGCAGCAAAUUGCCUGUAAUUCAUUCUUAAGACAACAAUAUGGUGACCAGACCUGUCAAACUUCUACUCAUCAGCACAGAGCAUCAAAUGUUCAGCGACAGUCAAACAACCAGACAACAACAGGCUCCACUUCUGGACUGCCUGAAAGUCGUCUUCAAUCAGAUCCAUUAAAAAUUGAAAUCAGUCAACUGCUUAUGCUGCUUGAUAUAAUGACCAAGAGGCAUCUAUGUAAGCGGCAAAAAAUUAUCUCGGAGCGUCAAAUGGAAAUAGCUGAAGUUAAAAGGAAGUUUGAUGAGCAAUUCCAUAAUUUAGAUAUGGAAGUAUUGCAGAAAAAGAAGCAUAUUGAGAUACUCCAGGAAAAAAUAUGUAAGCAACAGAUAUUAGCGAAGACAUUUCAGGUUGUACAUAAGGCCUCUACUGGAGUUGCUUCACACAGUCAAAUAGGUGCACCUACGAGAGAGUCUAAUCAGCUAUCAGGGCAGCAAGUUCUACAGUUUUCUUCAUCAGCAACCAUGUACCAGUCACCUCAACAUGCAGCGCAACCAUCCACAAACAACUUCCUGAGACAGCCCGUUAUGACCUCGCCACAGGCUGUAGCUAACACAUCUGGCACUGGCAGAUCUGCUACUAGUUUAACACAUGCUCCAAGUGGUCUGAUGGGCGCUGGAGUUGCAUACCAUUCACCUCCACCUCAUCUUCGAGCCUUUGUAAAUAUGUUGCAACCUUCUCAUGGUGGUGGUGCAUCUAUGAUAGCUCUUAGGAGCAUCCAUAAUGCAUGCAACCUGACUGUCUACCCGUGGACUUCAGCUGACUUAGAAAGUUAGAAGUCGUGUUUCCUCUUGGACUUUGAUGAGAGAGCGGCUGAACUCAAUAAUUGUUCGGUAUGCAUGAUGUUCAUCAGAUUAACAUGUCUGUUGAUUCAGCACUUUGUUCCUCAGUAGUUGCUGACUGAUCAGUCACUGCGUAUGUUUCUGGUUAAACUCUAUCGUGAAACCAGAAUUUUGCAGCUGACCCUGGUUCUCUGUUCUCCGGACUGGAGUUCGAUUUAACUCGUUCAACUAGAUGUCGCAUGUCGGUAAAUGUACCUUAAUAGUUUGGAGUCACAGAAGACAUAAGAAAGUUUCUUCUAAUUUUUA